ACACCGACAGCGGCUGGCGCAUUUUCAGAUUGCCACAUGCUCCUCGGUACAUCAAUAUUAUUUUCGUUUGUUGCACAGUUCAGAUAGGAACUGUCUGCUCAGCGCAGAUAUCAGCCGUCGAAAGAGGAGCGUGGGGAUCGAGAAUUUACUACAUAAAGAAGGGCGCCAUGAAGGAAAAUCAUGAAUCGGGCAGAUUUCCCUUGCCGUCACUGCCUGGCAUACCGACCGAAAUCUUAGAAAUAAUUGCCGAGUAUCUACCUCAGCAAGCUCUCCAUGCCUUAAUGCUUACAAACUCGGCAUUUAUCGAGGUAGCCGUCGUCCAAAUGUAUGAGGAGCCAUAUUUCGCUUCGACAUAUCGCUUUGCCCAGUUCGUACACCUAGUAUCGCGUAACGAACAUCUUGCAUUGCUAGUCCGUUCUCUGGACAUCAGUUAUAUCACACAGCCCGAUGACUCAGUGUGCGAACCUGGAGCUGGCUGGCGAGAAUUCAGUUAUCGUCACAAGGAUAUGUAUCCAGUCACGCCACCAGGUUUCUGGCCUUGGAAGAAGCAGAAGCCCCUUGUCACACACGAGACUCUGAGGACUCUCGGCACACAACGAACAAAGAGUUCGCAUCCUCCUCUAAGUCCAUUACUUGGGCCCAGUUCGAGGAGAAAUGUACCUAUUGGGACCAUGUGUCAUGUUCUGGCUGCUUGUCGAAGACUCAAGAAAGUCGAUCUCUCAGAAUUGGCAAUAGUCAGCGACGCUAUCUUCCUCAGCAAAGAGCUUUCUCGAAAUGACAGGCGGUUCGAAUACGGCCAAUUCAUGACCCGGUUUCCAACAAGUGACAACCCAUGUUUAAGCUCCUUCUCUGGACCUCCCGAAUCGCCAUCUAUGCACCCAUGGUUCGUACCAGCUUCAGAAGUAGAAUCACAACUCCUCCCGCCAUUCUCAGAAAGCGAUAAAAAACGUGGUUCCCGAGAUGACCCGUACCUACCUCUUACUACAAAUUUGAAAUCGACGCCCAGUUCAUGCCCAAGUCCAAUGCAUGUAUUCGAGACGGAUAUCGACAAUGCAGAGAGGCGGAAGAUGGCUGGAAAAGUUUGGAUUUAUGGGGAUGAGAUUGUUUCUUGGCUGGCUACGUUGCCAGAAUUGGAGGAGCUGAGGUUAAGAGGUACAAUGUGGAUCAACAACACUAGAACGCGAAGACUGGUUUCUGAUUUGGUUCGUCCUGGAGAUAAACUCGGAGGUGAAAAGAAGACUGCAGCAAAGGGGUUGCAAUUUCUGGACUUAAGCCAUAGUGGAUAUGUUAUGUGUCAACGCGAGGCAUGGUUCGGGAGCAGAGAACAUGUUGAGGAAAUUGUUCAUAAAGCUUAUGGAAAGUAAUAAUCCUAC